AUGGAAGGAGAGGCGGCGGCUGAGGAGCUGCUAGUGCCGGCUGCCUUCGUGGCUCCUCUGCAGCCUGAGAUGGCCGCCGCUGUGGUGCUGCCGGAGCGGCUCCAGCGGCGGGAAGCGGAGCGGCAACAGGGCGUAGAACGGCAGCGGCAGAAGAAGGAAGCGCAGGUGGUGAAGGAGGAGCAGAGCGAGUUUUUCAUCGCUGCUUUCGCCCAGGAGCGAGAGGCCGUGGAGGCGCUUAUUGUGGCGGGGCAGCUGGAGGAGGCGACUGGCCGCUUGCAAGGACUGCAGAAGCUGCUAACGGAGAGCGUGCGAUUCUUAGCGCCCUAUGAGGUACGGCAGGGGCAGGAGGCCGUGGCGCGGCUCCAGGGGGACCUGGCGGUCCGACGCCAGCAGCUGCAGCCCAAGAAGAAAUUCGCCUUCCGAGCUCUCAAGAAAGAAGCGGCUCCAGGGAGCGAAUCGCGCCCCGCGGAGCCCGCCUGGCCUGUAACUGCCGCGCAGGCCCUCCGCCACGGCACCGCCGAGGGGGAGCCGGGCGGGCCGCCGCUCUGCGGGUUCAGCGGCGUCGAGGACAAGGAGCUGGAGCUUGGUCCUCGUGAGCUGCUGCAGCGCGACGUGAUGCUCUCCGAGCUGCGCGGCUGCCGGGUGCGGCUCCGCGGCAACGCUAACACGCUGCGGGUGCGGGACUGCCAGGGUUGCACUGUGCUCUGUGGGCCCGUUUCAACCUCGGUGUUGGUGGAUGGCUGCAACGACUGUGUCCUAGUGCUGGCCUGCCAGCAGCUCCGCACUCAUCGCACCCGUGACACCUGGUUCUACGUGCAGGUGACUAGCCGAGCCGUAAUCGAGGACUGCACCAAGGUCUCCUUCGCCCCCUACACCUGGAGCUAUCCUGGCAUCGAGGGAGAUUUCGAGUCUUCUGGGCUGGACAGAAACAGAAACAAUUGGAAUCUCGUGGAUGAUUUUGACUGGCUGGCGACUGACAAACCUUCGCCCAACUGGAGCCUGAUCCCCGAGCAGGAGAGAAUCAGUUGCUGGGACUAGACUGGAGAGGCAGCUCGGUGCUGAGCAAGAAACUCUGGUGUAAACACAUUGAUUCAUAAAGUGUGGGAUUUAAUCCCCGAAAUGCCAUUAAUGGUUGCAUUCGGCAUUUAAAUUGUGAAUUGAAAUGUACGACUAGUGGCUUUUUUUUUUUUUAAUUAAAUACCAGUCAAAUACAGUUUACUGUUCUUUCACAAGUUGCUGCUAUAAUCUUUAUGUGGCACUGUGGAAUUUAACAACUGCUGCAGUGCCUCAUUGCUGAGUUUCUCUAAUUUGGUGGGGCAAGGGGCAUGGAUGCACAAACAGCAGUGAGCAUCUAUUACAGCUGUUGUGCUACUUUUGCUCAUCCAGGUAGAAGCUGAGUUAGCUGCAAGUAGUACAAUAUAAAGAUCAAAUACCACAUUUUUCAUGUUUUGUUCUCAACUUGCAGGUAAUAGUACGCUGUAUCUUAUGGUGAGUAUGGGAGAGGACUCUUGUAAUGGGGACAGAACGUUGAAACUGAACAGUGUAUCAGACUGAGAUGAAUCUUAGGCUAUGAUAUAUUUAUGAACCAGGUUCUUUUAAUGUGGGAUAAAUCUGUAAGUCUUAUUUUCUUAGGCUUUUAUUUCAAGUGAGAUAAGCCUAAAGGAUAAAAAGUAACCUAAUGAGUGUUCAGUACUCUCCCAAUAUUAAUGAUUGUUAACAAACCUAUCGAAGCUAUAUCAAUACUAAAUCUUUACAGUCUGAAAAUAGUGUGAGAGGAUCCUUCUUCCAUUAACAGAUUUAACCAGAAACGGGUAAAGUGAGUGCUUUUGAGGGUGUACAGUAAGUGGUGAUUAACAUUACUGAAGCUAGGUAAAUUGCUUUGCUGAAGUCUGAAAUUUCAGGGGAGAGAUGUUGAGGUAUAUCCUACCAGCUGUUUCAUCUGUCUACUAGAUAGUAGGCUUUAUGGUGCUGUCAUCUUAAUUUACAGCACUGCUACUGCAUAAGUGUCGUGUUGGCAGAGUGAGUUAAAAAAAUAGGAAUAUGCGGUGCCAUAUUCCAGUUCCAAAGCUGCAUGUUAUCUUGCAUACAGUGCACUGUAAUUUAAGCCCUAUUAUUUUUCACUCCUGAUAAAUUAAAUAAUUUAGAGUAUUGAAUACAGUAUUUUUACUGAAUACAGUAUUUUUACAAUGCCUUAAUAGUUGUGGUGAGAUGACUGCCACCCAUAAAGUGUACAUAGUAGUUCUAGGUUUCCAAAACCACUGCUUGACUUGUGACAUUUUGCAAGAAAUUAUUAUCCUGCCUAAGAGUCAGCUUAGAGUUUUAUUUUUAAAAUGCCAAAUUUAUACUGCCCUGCCCUCAUACAUGUCUCUAACAGAAAAUGAAUACUAGCUGAACCAUCAAAACUGCUUCAUUGCAUUGAGAAGUACUUGAAGCUGAGUACCUGACUGGUUUCGAGCAGAGAAACUUUUUAUCUAAGUUGUCAGCAUAUUUAAAAGGAGAGAAAAAAGGGUUUGGUUUUGGUUGGGGUUUUUUUUGAUUGGUUUUUCUUUUUGUU